CACAACGACCAGGUCGUGCGCGUGAUUCCGAUUUGAAAACGUGAUGACGCUGAGCCUGGGAACACGCACGUAGCGGUUACCUGGGAGACGAGGACGCGUGGCCCGGUGAUGGCGGAGGAAUGGAACCAAGACAGCGGGGAGGCGGUAUACAGGUCCCGGGACCCCAUCAAGAACCUGAAGAUCCGGGUGAAGUUGCAGCGGGUGUCGCCGGUCAGUGCCCUGGUACAGCGGGCACAGGGGCAGCAGGAAGAGGGCGGAGGAAGAGGGGACGUCGCGCUCCGGACUCUGGGCACCAGUGGAAACCGUCCGGGUGAUGAUGAGGAAGAAGUUGUGAUAUCCUGGCAGGAGAAGCUUUUUAGUGAGUUUGAAUAUGAGCUGUACAAAAAUGAGGCGGCUUGUUGCACACCUCUUGAUCGCCAGUAUCAUCAGGAUAUUUUAUCGUUGGAGCGAAGAGGAGGAAGAAAGAAUCUACGUAUCUUUACCUACACAGACUAUGAUCGAUACACCAACCUAGAAGAGCACUGUCAGUCAGUAACUACCUCUGCAAAAGAGACACCCACAUUCUUGGCUGAACGUAUGGCAAAUGUCAGGAGAAGACGGCAAGACAAAAGAGCUUUGGACGGCGUUGGGAUCCGCAAUCGUCUUGUCACGUGGAAACCUUCAGAGGAGUUCAUAAAGAUUAAUCAUAUUCUUAAUACUCCUGUGCAGACGAUGUACAUCAUGGCAGAUCUAGGACCCAAUGAAAGAUUAGGAUUAAAGGAGAAUGAACAUGUUCUUUGUACUAUACGUGUAGACAGCAAUAACGUCAUCACUUUAAAACCUGAUGUCACUGGCACUAAAGGUCCAUACAGGCUGGAGGUAGAAAGUCACAAGCGAGAACUAUGGAGGUACACCCUUAACCACGUCUCUGAGUCAGUCCAGCAAGAAGAGCAGGAGCGAGAAGAGACACUCUGCAAAGAUCUGUAUAGUAGACAUAAAGAAUACCUGAACAACCUGGUGGGCUCAGACUUUGAAAUGCCUCCCAGUGGCGCUUUGCGAGUUUUUGUCAAUGGGGAGAUUGUGUCUGCACAAGGAUAUGAAUAUGAUAAUCUCUAUGUUCAUUUCUUCAUGGAGCUACCAAAACACUGGACCAGUCCUGUCUUCCAGGAGCUUUCAGGUGUUACUCAAAGCUGUAGAUCUAAAACCCAUGAAAGGGAGAAUGUUGCAUACUUCUGCCACCCUUUCAGCUUUGAGAUGUUUCUAUCAGAGGAAGUGGAGUGUGAAGAUAUCCCACAAUGGCCGAUUUUGUAUUUCGAGGUCCUUUCUCUGGACUUUUGGCAGAGAUAUCGUGUUGAAGGAUAUGGAUCGGUUGUGCUUCCACAAACCCCAGGAAUGCACAACAUUACAGCGCAAACAUGGCGACCUGUGGAACAGGGAACGGUAUCAGAGCUCAGAAGGUUUUUCAUAGGUGGUUCCCCUGAACUGGAGGACUUGACUUAUGUCAGGAUACCCGGUACCUUCCAGGGAGAACGUAUAAGUCGCUUUGGUUUCAGGACAGAGGCAACAGGCAGAGUGGCGUUUCGAUUCCACUCCAUACAUCAGUCACGAUCCUUCCUUGACAGGAGCUCUCUGAGGAAAAGAAUGCAGAGUGUAUUGGAUCGUCUGGGAGGCUCCAGCCAGCAGAGCUCUAUACUCAAUGUCCUUGAUGCUUUCCAGAGAGCAAGAAGACGAAUGCAGCAGGCCAGAGAGAGCCUUCCGAAGGACAUUCUGAGCGCUACAAAAACCCUACAGCUUGAGCAGUCAACAGCUUAAUGCUUAAAACAGCUUAAAAGCUGUUAUUUUCCACAUAAUAAUGUGGCUCUAUGAUGUAUAUACACAUGGUUGCAUAUAGCAAGGGUGAUCCAAAAAGGUAGGCUGCAUUCAGAUCUUGUUUGGGGCAUACAGCAACUUGAUCCAUCUGGAGUAUUUGAAAAUCGUUCGCUGCAGGACCCAUUUCGUACUCCAUUCAUCUCAGUGAGCUGGACUGACUCAGCUAAUCGCCAUUAAUUUUUAGGCUGUAAAAUAUUUGUUUUCCGGACUGAAAAACAUGGUUUGCUGUGGAUUUCAGUCCGGUAACAAAAACCUAUACGGUCCAAAAAUGACUAGAGUCACUAGCUGGCUCCAUCCAGCUCAUUGAAAUCAAAGUGGUAUGGCGGGGAUACGGCAGCAGCCAGAUGCCCCAAAUAUGAUGUGAACACAGCCAUAAAUCUACACAGCAGCUGGCUUUCAGCUAUGGAGUAAACCCUAUAUUAGCCAAAGUUAUUAUUUUGGCAUCAUUCUGGGGGCGUUUAUAUUAUAGACAAAUAAAUGUUUGUCUCUGGACAACCCGUUUAAAUGUCUCCAUAGCCUUUAUAACCUUUAAAUAUCAACGGGUUAGUGUAGCUGUUACAGUUACAGUAUAAAAGCAAACUGUACCUUUCCUGGGGCUGAUGGUGGUUGUCAAACCUAUAAAAUCACCUUUUUAUUUCUCUGUCAAGGGAGUGGGGCUGAGUUGUUCUAGUGCCACUGCCUGGCACGCCAUCCUGUCUGUCUUCACCUUACAGCACCUUCUUGACUGAUGUACAGGGUAUGGCCCCGCCUCAUUGACACUUGACUGAGAAAUAAAAAGGCUAUUUUUAAUGUUUUGCAAUUACCAUCAGCAUUAGUAAAUUUAGCUUUUACACCCUAAAAGCUAUUCACCUGUGUCUGCAGCUUAUUGCAGCAAAUAGAGCUGACAGAUUUCCUUUAAAGAUGCUGGGGGAGAUUCAUCAAAAAACCUGUGCAAAAGAAAAGCUGACUCGUUGCCCAUAGCAACCAGUCAGAUUACUUAUUUUAUUUUUUAAAAGGCCUUUCAAAAAUAACAGAAGCAAUCUGGCUGCUAAGGGUCAUCUUUUCCUCUGCACAGGUUUUCAUAAAUUUCCCCUGCUGUUUUAGAUUUUAUGCAUAUUUUUUUUUAUAAAUAUGUUACUUGUAAAAUAUACAUUUUAUAAAAGUAUCUUUAUCAUAAAAACCUAUAAGACUGCUGGAAUGUGAUAUGCGUACGGCCUUAUGUGCAAUCGUUCUGCUGUGACUUCUUCUGGACCACAUGUAUUUUAACCCUUCAUGGAUUGUAAACUCUGCAAUUUGAACUCCUGAAUAUUGACAAAAAAAAAAGCACAUCUAUCCUAAGAUGUCUGAGGAGAUACCUUUUAGGGUUUCUUUACAUGGUCAUAUCUGUAACCUGUUAAGCUACCAUUUGCUCCAAUGUGCCCACCGAAAGUCCACAAUAGUAGCAGAUCUGCAGAUUGACAGAGGACCUGUUAAAGUGAAUGGUAGCGUAACUUACAGCAGAUUUCCCGCUGCGAGUUACAAUCGUGUAAAGAGGGUGGAAACCGUUUUUCACAGAUGCCAGCACUGUUAUCUGUAUAUAGGCUGUUGGUUUUUUUGUGUGUUUUUUAAUAUUUAAUAAAAACAUUUUAUAUUUGGUACUUUUAAUUCCUUGCCCAUAAAAAUCAAACUGAACUGAGGGUUCUUUUUUUAUGAUGGAAGUCAAUUGCAGCAAAAUCCAAGGUAUAACUAUGAGUUUGCACAGUCAAAUUUGAAUCUUUGUCAAGAAAAAGAGGGACACUUUUGUUUUUUUUAACAUGUUUUUACAUGUUUGGACCUUUUUAUAUAGAUUUGGGAAUUUGGUAGACCACAUAACAUUAAAACAGUACCGGGAGUACUGUAGUAAAAUAAAACUUAUCCCUUAUCCAAAGGAUAGGGGAUAAAUUAUAGAUCACGGGAGUCCGACCACUGAGACCCCCCACGUUCUCCUGCGCCGUGGAAGUCCGCAGGAAUGGGGCGUGCCAACUCCCUGCACAAAGCUUCCUUCCAGCAGUUGGACACCCCCAAUC